AGGUUUCAAUUGUUUAAGUGUCAAAUCCAAGUCAAAUCUGUCAAAUAAACACCAAAAAGUAAACUUUAAUUUUCUAAGAUUAUCAACAAAUUAAAAUUAUUAAUUAAUAUUGCAGAGCAGAAUUUAAAAUGAGGGCUUUUAUGGCAGAAGACAAUCUAUGUGCUCAAAAUCUUUUAAAACUUGUAUCGCAUGGUAAUGCUAUAGUUGCUGAAAUAUUGAGACUAAAAGACCACAAGCCACAAGUAUAUUUAUUAGAUACAAAAGAACUUCAACAUAAGUAUUUGGAGGUUAUAAUGGACUUUGGUUACUUUAAGAUCUCAGAUGUACAAGAAAAGAAGAUUAGUAUGAAUACAAAACUUCAAGACUUGGAUGAUGACCUCAAAGAGAAACAUCUGGAUUUGAUCACAAGAUUUUAUUUAUUGUUUGAAAAUAUUUAUCAAUAUAUUAUGGAUUUAAUCUCCUUCACUGAACAGUUAAAUGACGGUGCUUUUAUCCAACAGAGUAUUGAAACUGUAAUGAGAGAUGUUGAGGGUAAACAGCUGUUGUGUGAAUCUCUGUAUUUGUAUGGAGCAAUGCUGUUGCUAUGUGAUCUUUUCAUACCUGGACCAGUAAGAGAAAGACUGAUGGUAGCAUUCUAUAGAUAUAGCACUACUCAGUCCCAGACAAAUAUUGAUGAUGUCUGUAAGCUGUUGAGAGACACGGGUUACGAUCAGCAACUUUCAAAGAAACCUGCAGAUUAUCCUGUAGAAUUUUUCAGCCGGAUAAAUAUUCGUUCAGAAUUUAUCGAUAAAAUAAUUGGAAAAUUGAGAUCAGAAGAUAUUUACAAUCAAUUAUCAGUAUAUACUUUCCCUGAACAUCAACCAUCUGCAUUAGCAACGCAAGCUAGUAUGUUAGUUGUAUGUUUGUUUUUUGCCCCACAUUAUUUGCAUAGUGAUACAUCAAAAAUGAGGGAAAUUGUUGAUAAAUUUUUCCCUAGUAAUUGGAUCAUACCUAUUUAUAUGGGAGUGACCUUAAACAUAAUAGAUUUUUGGGAAAAUUUUAAGGCCGCUAAGUCUGCACUAAGUAACACAUGUAACAACAAAAGUGUUAAAGAAGUAUUUGCUAAGAGAGGAGAUUCUGUGCCAAUAUUAACAGAGAAAACUCACAGACUGUUAAAAGAGGGCACCCUAAAUGAAGACUAUGUAUUGGACCAUAUAAAUAAAAUAUUGAACUUACUCUUGAACUCCAACUUAGUGGUCAGGUGGUUAUUGUUGCACAAUUCUGAUGUUAUAUUUUUUGACAACAGUAAAAGGGGAAAACAGUUAAAAGACAUUGUAAUGAAAGAAUCAAAUUACGAUCCACUGAAAUUGCUUGAGUUACUCAUUAGCACUGCAGAACUAGAGUUAAAAGUGAGAGAAAUUUUAACAACUCUUUUAGAAAACAGAAAUCAGUCGUGGAGCUUAAACAAGUCCGUGGCUUUGGUAGCUGUGAAUAAUUUAUCAGAAUUAUUUUCUGGAAAUACUUCAUUUACUAAGGUUCAAGGAAAUGAACAGUUAAAACUUUGGUUUGAUAACAUAGCUAAACAGAUAGCUUCCCUGACUGAGAAUAUAACUACGAAAUCAAUAAAAAAAAUAACCCAAUUAAUACAAGCACUUGACGAGGUUGAAGAAUUCCAUGGUAUUAAAGGCACAUCAACAGUUUUGCAGUAUCUUACUGAAGGUAAAGAGGCAUUAAAAAAUGUGGUGAGAGCAGCAACUUUGAAAGAAGAUUCUUUGGUGACAUUGGAAACUAUUGCUGAUGUGAGUUAUGCUUGGUGUACUAUUGAUUAUUACACCGUGUAUAUGCAAAACAGUAUCAAGGAAAAUCCAGCUGUCACCAGCAGGUUGCGCGCAUUGUUUCUCAAAUUGGCCAGCGCUAUGGAGAUACCGCUGCUCAGGAUAAAUCAAGCUGGAAGUCAAGAUCUGGUAUCCGUUUCGCAAUACUAUAGCAGUGAAUUGAUCAAAUACAUACAAAGAGUGCUGCAAAUAAUUCCUGAGAUGGUAUUCAAUAUAGUCGAAAAAAUAAUAGAGCUUCAGACAUGGACUAUUAAAGAAGUACCAACAAGAUUAGAAAAAGAAAAACUAAGAGAAUAUGCACAACUUGAACACAGAAUGGAGGUCGCCAAACUUACCCAUUCCGCUUCCACUUUUACAACAGGAAUACUGGACAUGAGGUCUACACUUGUCGGGAUAAUCAGAGUAGAUCCAGCGGAAUUGCUUGAAGAAGGGUUACUAAAGGAGUUAGAUCGCCAUAUAAGUAAGAAGUUUAGUGAAUUCCUUGAACCUCAGACAAAGAAGUCAACUGCUUCAUCCAGUAAUUUGUUGCCGCGUUUACAAAAGCUAGUAGACAGCAUGAAUGGUUAUAAAAGAUCACUGGAAUAUAUUCAAGACUAUAUAAAUAUACAUGGUUUAAGAAUAUGGCAAAAGCAGGUUUCAGCGAUUAUUCAAGAGAGUGUUGAUAAAGAAAUAAGUUUACGCAAAGGAGUGACACUUUACAGUCCCUCUGCUGGUUUUAUGGGGAGCCUGGCGAGGCAAGUCGCGCAGCUCAUCGAUGCGAGGACCUGUAUGUACAUCAGCAUAUGUGCUGCCUGGUUUGAUGUAAAAAGCCAUAAUGAAGUUGUUAAUACAAAAACGUUUGCUAAAUUGAAUGAAGCCAUUGGAGUUGUAGGUCUUCAUGGUUUGGAUAAAUUGUACGCGCAUAUGAUAAAGAAUCAGUUGCAAGGGGUUCAACACAUUCUAAGAAACAGCCAUGACAAAAUUUCUACUAAUGUUAAUGAACCCAAAGACAUCGAACAAAUUGUUAUAAAAAAUCAAAAACUAUUGAAUCAAUUAGUGGAAGUGUUAAUACUAAUUGGUAGUUUGCAAAUUCUAAGAAAACAUAUAUCAUAUCAAUUAAAUUCAACUUGCAAAUUUGACUCUGCACAUUUGGAGGCUUCUCUAACUACUUUUAAUGAUUCAGUCCUACAGGAAAUAAGAUCUGCCACUGACGAUAAAUCAAAGGUGUCUACUAAGAUGUUAAGAAACUUGGAACAAUAUCUAGACAGAUGUGGAAUAUAUGAGCCGUACGAGAAAAUGUAUCUCAAGCCUACACAAGAAUUCCUGAACAUCAACAUGGGACGAAUACUUGCAAUUAUUUUAAUAUCCCAGUUAUCAAAACUGCAACUUUGUUAUACCACAGGUGAUUUAAUAUCAAAGAAAGUUGGAGAGAACCUCGAUGGAUAUCCAUUGCUUGUAGGAAUCUACACUGUUUUAUGUCAAACAAAACUGGAUAAUAUCAACAUAUUUGUUGAUUUUCUCUGUAGCUACACUCGCUCCAUUAUACUCACAAAGUCUAAAUUAUCUGAAGUCUCAAAUGAGGGCAUGUUUAUUGUCAGAAUACUUGAAUUGUUUUGUGAAACUUUUAAUUAUUCUUUUGAUAGUCUUGAAGAUAAGCUCCCACUUGUGUUAUUGGCUAAUCCACAAAUAAAGUGACACAUUUUUAAUAAUUAGAUUGCAUACAUUUAAAAAUAUAUCACUUAUCAAAAUAAA